ACUGCAAUAGGAACAAAGGGAACAACUACAGUGGUGACAGUAGAACCAACUACUGUAGGGGCAGUAGAACCAACUACAGUAGCGGCAGUGGAAACAACUACAAUAGGAGCAGAGGAAGCAACUACAGUAGUUGAAAUGGACGCUACAGUAGAACCGGAAACUACAGUAACAGAAAUUGCACCAACUACAGUGGCGCCAGUGGAACCAGCUACAGUAGCGCCAGUAGAACCAACUACAAUAGCGACAAUGAAAGCAACUACAAUGGGAUCAGAGGAAACAACUUCAGUAGUGGCAGUGGAACCAUCUACUGUAGCGGCAGUGGAAAUAACUACAGUAGCGCCAGUAGAACCAACUACUGUAGCGGCAGCAGAACCAGCCACUGUACCGGCAGCGGGAUCAACUGCAAUAGGAGCGAAAGAAACAACAACAGUAGCGAAAAUAGACCCAACUACUGUAGCGGCAGUGGAACCAACUACUCUAGUGGUAGUGGAAACACAUACUGUAGCGGCAGUGGAAACAACUACAAUAAGAACAGAGGAAACUACUAUAGCAGCAGAAAUGGACCAAACUACACUAGAUGCAGUGGAAUUAACUACAGUAGCGGCAGUGGAACCAACUACUUCAGUGGCAGUGGAACCCACUAGAGUAGCGGCAGUGGAAAUAACUACAAUAGUAGAAGACGAAACAACUACUGUAGUGGCAGUUGAUCCAACUACUGUAGCGGCAGUGGAACCAACUACUGUAGCGGCAGUGGAAUUAACUACAGUAACGGCAGUGGAACCAACUACUCUAGUGGUAGUGGAAACAACUACUGUAGCGGCAGUGGAAGCAACAUCAAUAGGAGUAGAAGAAACAACUACAGUAGUGGCAGUGGAACCAACUACUCUAUUGAUAGUAGAAACAACUACAGUAAGAGCAGAAGAAACAACUUUUGUAGUAGUUUUAGAACCAACUGAUAUAGCGACAGUGGAACCAAUUACUGUAGCUGCAGUUGAAACAACUACUGUAGCGGCAGUGGAAACAACUACAAUAAGAGCAGAGGAAACUACUAUAGCAGCAGAAAUGGACCAAACUACACUAGACGCAGUGAAAUUAACUACAGUAGCGGCAGUGGAACCAACUACAGUAGUAGAAGACGAAACAACUACUGUAGUGGCAGUUGAUCCAACUACUGUAGCGGCAGUGGAAGCAACUUCAAUAGGAGUAGAAGAAACAACUACAGUAGUGGCAGUAGACCAAACUACUGUAACAGCAGUGGAACCAACUACAAAAGUGGUAGUGAAUCCAACUACAGUAGCGGAAGUCGAAAAAACUACUGUCGUGGCAGUGGAAACAACUACAAUAGGAACAAAGGGAACAACUAGAGUAGCGACAGUAGACUCAACUACUGCAGUGGCAGUGGAACCAACUACAGUAGCGGUAGUGGAAACAACUACAAUAGGAGCAGAGGAAGCAACUACAGUAGCUGAAAUGGACGCUACUGUAGCGGUAGUGGAAUUAACUACAUUAGCAGCAGUGGAACCAACUACUUUAGCGGCAGAAACAACUACAAUAGUAGCAGAGGAAACAACUACCGUAGUAGUAGCAGUGGACCCAACUACUGUAGCUACAAUGGAAUCAACCACACUAGCGGAGGUGAAACCAACUACUGUAGCGGCAUUCGAAACAACUACAGUAACGGCAGAGAAACCAACGACUGUAGCCUCAGUGGAAACAACUACAACAGUAGCACAGGAAGCAACUACAGUAGCGGAAAUGAGCCCAACUACAGUAGUGGAAUUGGAAUUAACUACAUUAGCGGCAGUGGGACCAACUACUUUAGCAGCAGUGGAUACAACUACAAUAGGAGCAGAGAAGACAACUACAGUAGUGGAAUUGGACCCAACUACUAUAGCGGAAGUGGAAUCAACUACUGUAGUGGCAGUGGAAACAACUAAAUUAGGAGAAUAUGAACCAACUACAGAAGCGAAAACGGACUCAGCGCCAGUGAAAAUAACUACUGUAGAGGCAGUGGAACCAAAUACAGUAGCGGUAGUUGAACCAACUACAGAAGAAUAUGAAGUAAACAGCGAACCGUUUUCAUGUUGGGAUCAUCCGACAGGCUAUUACGUAGAUCCUUUGGAUUGUACACAUUACUACCAAUGUCAAACAGAGAUGUCUCACUUAUCAUGUGGCACCCUAUACUUUAAUGAACAGGUCAACACAUGUGACUGGCCUGCUAACGUGGAGUGUACAUCGACUCCAGGCGCAGCAUUCACUUGCAACGGCAAACCCGAGGGUCUACAUUAUUACACAGAUCCAACAGAUUGCACCAAGUAUUAUACCUGCUAUUUGGUUGAAGUUCAUUUAACGUGUGGUGCCGGCCAAGCAUUCAGUGACGUACUGAAAGUUUGCGACUGGAUGCAUAAUGUUCAGUGUGAGGUCGAUGAUAUAGAACCAACAAUAGAAACUACAGUAACAGAAAUUGCACCAACUACAGUGGCGCCAGUGGAACCAACUACAGUAGCGACAAUGAAAGCAACUACAAGGGGAUCAGAGGAAACAACUUCAGUAGUGGCAGUGGAACCAUCUACUGUAGCGGCAGUGGAAAUAACUACAGUAGUGCCAUGGUAG